AUGGUGACAACUUUCAAAAUAGCAAUCCUUGGAGCACAAGGGGUUGGGAAAUCAGCAAUUGUGCACCAGUUUCUCUACAACGAUUACAGUGACCGCUACAUGCCUACAAAAGCACGUCACAUCUACCUGCCUGCUGUGGUCAUGAACGAACAUGUGCACGACCUACAGAUAAUGGACUUUCCACCCAUUCCAUCCUUCCCAGUCAACACUCUGCAGGAAUGGACAGACACCUGUUGCCGGGGAUUGCGGAGUGCUCAUGCCUACAUCCUGGUGUACGACAUCUGCUGCUUUGACAGUUUUGAAUAUAUCAAAACAAUUCGGCAACAAAUAUUAGACACAAGGGUGAUCGGAACCAGUGAGGUCCCCAUCAUCAUUGUCGGGAACAAACGGGACCUGCAGAGAGGCCGCGUCAUUCCCAGGCGGAACGUUUCCAACCUGGUGAAAAAGACCUGGAAGUGCGGCUACAUCGAGUGUUCGGCCAAGUACAACUGGCACAUCCUCAUGCUGUUCAAUGAACUACUAAAGAGCAUCGGCUGCGCCCGCUGCAGGCACAUGCACACUGCCAUCCGCUUUCAGGGAGCGCUGCGGCGGAACCGCUGCAGUGUGAUGUGA